GGGGAAGAUGGUGCUGAUCAAGGAGUUCCGAGUGGUUUUACCUUGCUCAGUGCAAGAGUAUCAAGUUGGGCAACUUUAUUCUGUGGCAGAAGCUAGCAAAAAUGAAACAGGAGGUGGUGAAGGAAUUCAAGUCUUAAAAAAUGAGCCUUAUGAAAAGGAUGGCGAGAAGGGACAAUAUACUCACAAAAUCUAUCAUUUAAAGAGUAAAGUUCCUGGUUUUGUAAGGAUGAUUGCUCCAGAAGGCUCCCUGGUGUUCCACGAGAAGGCUUGGAACGCGUAUCCCUACUGUAGAACAAUUGUGACAAAUGAAUACAUGAAAGAUGACUUCUUCAUAAAAAUUGAGACCUGGCAUAAACCAGAUUUGGGGACAUCAGAGAACGUGCACAAUUUAGAUCCAAACACAUGGAAGAGUGUUGAAGUUGUCCAUAUUGACAUUGCAGAUAGAACUCAAGUAGAACCAGGAGACUACAAAGCUGAUGAAGACCCUGCGUUAUUCCAGUCAGUUAAGACGAAGAGAGGACCUUUGGGGCCAAAUUGGAAGAAAGAGCUAGCAACUGAUGAAGAGUGUCCUAAAAUGUGUGCUUACAAGUUGGUGACUAUCAAAUUUAAAUGGUGGGGACUGCAGAACAAAGUUGAAAACUUUAUACAGAAGCAAGAAAAAAGGAUAUUUACCAACUUCCAUCGCCAGCUGUUCUGUUGGAUUGACAAGUGGAUUGAUCUGACUAUGGAAGACAUUAGGAGAAUGGAAGAUGAAACCCAGAAGGAGCUGGAAGCGUUACGUAAUCAAGGCCAAGUCAGAGGAACAAGUGCUGCCAAUGAUGAAUGAUGAUGGAUUUAACCGUCACAUGCAGUGUUGAUAUACAAAUGUGUGUGUGGAUGCAUGAUUAUUUGUAUAUAAUUAUAUAUACGCACAUGCAUACUGAAGGGGGUUGUUACAGUGUCUCCAGGGUACUAUACCUGUCCUCAGCAAAGAUUCAAAGGAAACUGCUUUCAUUAUGUAUACCUGAAGCAAAUAAAAAUCAACUGAGUAGUGUCAUUUAAAGGAUGAAUUAACUGCAGAAUUAUGCUAACUGGUAUGUUUCAUGAAUGUCAGUACUGGACCAAUUUAUUCCCUACUUGUUUUUUUCCUGUCUUGAGUCACUCUGCUAUAACUUGCCCAUAUCUCAUUGUAAAGAAACAGAUUCAAAUAAGUUAAUUUCAGUUUUGUCUUCCCUAUGUGGUUAUUUUUGGAAUAGGAACAAUGAAUGUAUUUAUAGCUAUUUAUUUCUGGAUUGUCAUUAUCCUAUAGUCAAAUCAGAAAAAAAAAAAAUCUAUUAGUGGAAAUUGGAAGACUUUUACUGUUGAAUAAGUUUAACCUGAACUUUACCCAUUCACUAAUUUAAAAGAAAAAAAAAAUCCUGUUUUAUUGGACUUUUGUACAUUGAAAUGCUAAUGUUUUUUCUUCAUUAAAAUUGGCAAGA